AGACUCACCGUGCGUCCAUGGAUAACAACUACAACUAUUGCCACUUGUUUGAAGAGAUAAAUAGCCUUAUCUGAUGGCAUUUUUGUAAGUCAAUGAUAUUUGACAAAUAGUAAAACUUAUUUCUAGGCGGAGACACAGAUUUUGGUGCCAUGUUACAAAAGGUAACAUAGCCAGGUCUGACUGAACUGUGCGUGAAAGGAACUUUGGGCUGCUUUCCGCUGGACUGAAUUGAAAAAGGACCACCAGAGGAAACUGUUUCAGAAAUGGCAAAGCCUAUGGACCACGUUAAGCGUCCUAUGAACGCUUUUAUGGUGUGGUCGAGGGCUCAGAGACGCAAAAUGGCACUGGACAACCCGAAGAUGCACAACUCUGAGAUCAGCAAACGCCUCGGAGGCGAAUGGAAGCUCUUGUCAGACUCUGAAAAAAGACCUUUUAUCGACGAGGCCAAACGCCUGAGAGCCGUUCACAUGAAAGAACACCCGGAUUACAAAUACAGACCGCGGCGAAAGCCCAAAACCUUGGUCAAAAAAGAUAGGUAUCAUUUUAAUGUGACGUAUAAUCUGGGUGACAGUGACCCGUUGAAAAGUGCGCGGUUACCCGGUGACGCGCUCGCGGACUCGCUGAGCGCGGAAAAAACAUCCGUCGCUGCCGCUACUCGGGUGUUUUUCAGUCACCACCACCUGUCCGCCAACCCCUAUCAGUUUCUUGACCUGAAUUCCAAAAUUACGGAAUUACCCCCUGCUCCUUUCCCACAUUACUCUUUGCUCGGGUAUCCCGGUGGAGUCUCCGCGUUCCCCGGUAUGGGGGUUCUGGCCGGUGCGCCACACGCUCACCCGUCUCCGGGGAACCCGGGCCACAUGGUGCCCUAUAACUGCCUGGGCUGGCCGGGUUCUGGACCUGCUGUUCCUUCUUCUUACGUGCUUUUACCAGGAAUGACCAAAGCUCAGCACGAACAUUACCUGACAUACGCCGCGACGAUAUGAUUGGAUGUUCUUGUGGUAUAUGGUCACGUGCACUUGUUUAAAGUUUUGCAUCUGUAAAAAGAAAUAAAUUUGUAAAAUAUUA